AACCAGCAAGCAAUGGAUAAUCAGUACAUGCUAUGUAUUUAGCAAGAUCGGAGCGACAUGGGAACCUCAGCCCGCGGCAUCCUGAUUUCUAAGGGCUGCAUGUCUUCUCAAUAGAAAAAUUUCUUCGAUUAUGGUUUCAGUGCUGACGAGAACAGGUAUAAAAUUAACGCGGUUGAGUUGAAAAGGCCUCAGACACAAACGCCUCCUAUUGCGCUCUUCUAAGACUUUGUCCGAGUCAUAGCAACUUCACGCACAUUGCGCAAUUAGACUUUUGUCGAUAUAAUCCAUGCCAUGAAGCUCAUUCAAAUCGUUUAUCUCACAAUCCUUGCGGACCUUGCCAUUCCCAGUGCUAUGUUUACCCCAGUGGCACUGGCAGCGAUACCUAAUGUAUUCUGUGAUCCACCAUACGUCCACUUUAAGGACUCUUUGGUAGGGUGCAGCCAAGGGAAAACACCUAUGCAGGUCUAUAAACCCAACGGACGGUUUGGGGCAUGCUGUGUUCAAGCAACUGCCGCGAAUUCAUUGGCUGAACAGAUAUAGUGCUAAAACUAUUUAAGUGACCUUCCAAGUUCCCACGAGCUGGAUCUUCAGUAAAGCUGCAAAUAGAGGGAUGUCUAGCAAAAAUAGGUUACCUGGGCCUGUGACAAACAGCCUCGUGAGCACAAUCAAAGUAUGGCUAUCCUGUUCAAUGCGCGUCUCCAGCAAUCGGUGCUAUCAGUGCAGAAUUCAAAACCCACAAUCCUUGCCACUCCCAGUG